UUGAGUUUUGUCAUAAAACGAUUGGUGUGUCGUAGCUUCCCCUGCUAGUUUUAAGCGGUACGUUUUCAACUAUAUCUGAUUAUUCCUCGAAAACAUACGAAGCAGGUGUACGCGGUAACUACAACAGUAGUCUACAGAAGUUUAUUUCGACUUUUUUUUUUGGCCGUACAGUGUGUUUGCGAUUUCUCCUCACAGACAGAAUGGGUGACCUUGAUACGAACCCACUGGUUUUGAUUGGUGUCGGGUCCAGCAUUGCAUUGUCUGGCCUGUUUUAUCAUUUAUACCGACAAAAGAAUAAAGAACUGAAAAAGCUGAAGGAAAUACCUGUUUUCAAACCAGACCAACAUUUGCUCAAAAUACUCAAAGCAUCUUCCCAGAAGCGCCUGCAGUAUGUUGCUGUGGAAGGUGUGGUCCAGGCAGAUGGGGAGCCUCUGGCCAGCAGGUUUGUCCCACAGUGCUUGUGUGUGAUUCAGAAGGUAGCAGUGGAGGAACGCUGGCAAUACUGGAACUGGCUCACCAAAACAUGGAAUUCUCGGACCACGAACAGGAAAGAGACCAGCAACUCGGUGCCCUUCAACCUGAUUAACCGAAGGUCUUACAUCAGUGACACAUAUGUGAAGGUGCAGAACCCACUAGAGGCCUCUGGGUGCUACCUGGAAAGGGUUUACUUCAAAGUAAGACGUGCUGAAGAGGGCCUGGUGACCAUGGUGUUACAAGGCCUCAGCCAGGAGAAACCUGUGGCGGUGGAGGAGAGCGAGGAGCUGCUCCGGGUGGGGAGCACCUUGACUGGGUUUGGGGAAGUGGUGCUGGAGGGAGGCCAGGUGAUGAGGCUGCAGGCCCCUCAGGAUGGCCGCAAGUACAUCCUCAUGCCCACUGACUACAGAAGCUUUAUAGACAGGCACGAGAGGUCAGCCAGCAUGUGGAAGAUGCUGACUGCUGUUACUGUCCUCACUGGGGCUUCUCUUCUGGCCAGUGUUAUUUACAACUUAGUUGGAAAACAGGAUGAUAGAUCGAAGUAGGUUUGAAGAGGUGGCUCCUGAAGGUUUGAUGAUUUUAAAAAAGCCCAAGAUUCCACAGUUCAGGUACACAUUUAGAUUUUCUUAAGACGGGUAUUUUCUUGUCAUGCUGCAACUACGGUGGCAGGGAUGAAACAAUAGAAAAACAGAAAUCAUAACAUUUUACAAAAUAUAUUAACAAAACUGAAAGCCUGGUGACAUUUCACAAAAUGGAAAAGGGACUCUGACUGUAAUGUCUUGUAUUGUGCUGUAAUGUUUCCUAAUUUUGUCCUUGUGUUCUGUCAAAUGAAAUGGCGUUUGUCCGGUGUUGAUGUGUUUUGGUCCUCUGGGCCACCAUACUAAACAGACCACUUAACAGAUUUGUAACCAUAUGUCAAAUUUGAUACUGUCUUGAAGGUGAAAAUCCCACACAGUCUGUCACUUGUACUCACAUUAUAAAAAAUGUAAUCAUCAGACAUUCACCAGGCAAAUCUCACAUUUAUAAAGAGAAAUUAAUAGUCCUAAUCGCUGAGACUUCAAUGUGAGUAAGUUCUUGUUGGUCUCUCUAAUACCCAAAUCGUUCACUGGAUGAUGCCAGCACAGGCAGAAUGCAUUGUCAGACUCAGUGUGGUGUGAUAAACAAUAAUUAAAAGGCCUCCAGUCCUAUGAGAUUGGUCUAAUAUUGUACAGUGGCAUGUGAGGGUAACUCUCUCUUUAGCCACUGACACUGGGAAAUGUUAUAAGAAAAUGUGGCAAGUGAUGGAGCAACUCAGGAGCAUGCAUUUAAUUAUAGGGCAUUUGCUUUAUGAAAGGAACAUUUUAUUUUUAUGAGUCUUUAUAAUGUUACAUAAAAUCAGUCUGUUUAAGGAGGUAUGUGGUGUCAAAAAUUUAAUCAAGCUUUUACUGUGAAUCUGAUUAGCAAAACAGUUGUCAGUCUAAGAUUC